AUGUCCGAACCACCUCCUACUGCGGCAAGUCUAACAACGGAGCAACAAAUAGUACAACAACUCAAUUUGAAACAUGGUUUAUUCUUGGAUGGACAUAGCAUACGAUCAAGUAAAGAAGCCAUUUUUGCAGAUGGAAAUUUAAAAAUAAGAUUUUAUAAGGGAGAGCCCAUAGUUUAUACUAAUGUAAACGAUCCAAAAUCUCAUAUCAAUUUACUCUCAUUCAACAAUGAUAUCGUUGUUAAUUUAAGUGAAGUUUCGCACUUACAACCUUCCGAUGCUUGUAUUAAUUUUCCAAUUGCUGAAUUCUCUUAUAAAGGCGAAUUGUUGAAAACGUUUUCAAAAUGUACGGAUGAUGACGACGAAAGUUCAUAUGGACAUUUCUUUGCAAGGAAAGUUUUGGUUGGCGGUAAAUUAUUUAUCAAAAAUUUAAAAUCAGCCAGUCCAAUACAGAAUGAUAUAGUACGGUCACUUUUAACAUGGAUAUAUAAUUCAGCUAAAUAUAAAUCAGAAAAUCCGCUCAACGAUGUAUACGAAUGGGAUUUUUUUCCAGAGAUAGAAACAUCAAAUGGACUAGAGUUAAAAAAUCCCAAAGAUUUGACAACUUGGAUGCAAAACCUAUAUCAAAAGAAUAUGUUUGAUAUAAUUUCUUAUAAUGAUAUCGUUCCCGUUUCUCAACUAAGAAUAUCAAUUGAUGUCUCGGAAACUUCCAAGGAAAAACAACCCGGAAUUUAUAAUUAUGAAAACAAAUUAAGCUUUAAAGAGUGGGUCGGUGAUGCAUUGUACGUUAAUUUAACGAGAUGGGUUAAAGAUUUUCACCUACUUCAGGGUUUAAUAUUUAACAAGCACUUUGAAAUCGAAAUUAGCAAGGAAAUCAGCAUUAAUUUCAACAAAAUACCUGAAAUCAAGUCACUUAAUAAAUGUCAUAUUAAAAUGAUAAAGCCGACAACAGAUUUAAAAGAAUUUUUAUUAUCGAAUAAUAUUUCUAUUUCUUUGGAUACAGAUAUGAAUUCCUCUCCAUUUAUUAACAAAAAUAUUAAAUCUGAUAAUUUUAACAACAAAGAUUAUAUUCAUUUUGUAGUCAAGUAUGAACAAUAUGAAAUCCUUUUACCCAUGGCUUGCAUCAAUCCUUCAGCAAAUCUCAAGCAAUAUAUUGAAAAUUCACUUAAUAGCGUGGAGCCAUUUAAAGCUUUACAAGAUACAUUUGACAAAUUUGGACAUUUAUUUUCACAAAGGAUUGUCUUGGGAAAAUCGCUCAAGAAUAUUUUACCCGAUAUUUUACCUGAUAUUUCCUUUAAUUCUGAAAAUAUCGAUCUUGGAUCAUUAACGUUUGACUUUUUAAACUCACGUUUAAAUGUUUCAUACUUAUUAACGCAAGGUGGUGAUAUUAUCGAUAAUGAUAAUGAAUUAUCUAGUUGGAUUCGAGAUAUCCAUACAAAUCUUGAAAUUAUUGAACUUGAUCAAACAAUUUCCUUAAACAAAAUCCUUGGCGCUGAACGACAGAAAGAGAUAGACAAUUUAUUCAAUAAGGAUAUUGACAAAAUUAUUAUGACCGGAAUUUCUGAUUUAAAAGAUUUAGACAGUAACAAUAUUGAGCAUUACAAACGUAUAAAUAUAGAACCGAUAUUGAAUGAUAAAGAUUAUAAAGUAUUUGGAUCAAUAGUUUCAGGAGACAAAAAGAUAGAUGAUUAUUUUAUAAAAUUUGGAUUCUAUGAUGCUAAUGGAUUUUCUGCAAUGAUAAAAACUUUACGAGAAUCAAAGAUCAAUGUUAGAGAUUGUUCUGUUUUAUGGAUGAUAGUUGGGAAUCCUAUGAAAUUAUCGGUUUUUAGUCCAAAUCAUCGAGAAAUUCAAGUCGAUCGUAUUAAAAAAUCCAUUACUUAUCAACAAGACGAAUCAAUAUAUGGCGUUAAAACUCACAUUCCUUUAUCUCAUGGAUAUAGUAUUCUCGUUGAUGCAUUCCAUUCAUCAACAACUUAUGAUAUUAAGCUAUCUGAAUGGUCAAAUGAUCAAAUCAAGUUUCAAAUAAAGGAAUCAACUUAUAAUAAUAAAACAACUUUGAAAAGUUCGAAUUCAGAUAUAAUUUCUGAUAGUGACUCUGACUCUCAAUAUGGGGAAGAUAACGAAACAACCAUUAUUGAUACAGACUUAGAUAUCUGUAUAUUACGUUCAAGUAACGGAAGUUUAAAGAUUGAUCAUGUGAAGAUUGAGUAUCCUUUAGAUUUAUUUGGACAUACUUUGACUAAAGAUAAUCUAGCAGUACUUGAUGAUCCAGAUUCUAGGUCCAAAUUUAAAACGUUUAGGGGACUAUUGAUGAAAUGCGCAAACGAAAUAGUUGCACCUUUCAUACCUCUCGUAACUACGAUAACUACUGUAACAAAAGACAUAGCGGAUGCAUAUGAGAACGUUCAAUAUAAUAAAAAAACUUGUGGGGCAUUAGUAACGAGAGUUGAGGCUGUAGAAGUUACAAUUAGAGGAUUGAUAAGACAAAGGGAUGAUAAUUUGAAUAAAUUUUGUAGUCAGAGUUAUUACAAUACCUUUUCUAAAUUGACAAACUGUCUAAAACAAAUUAAAGAAUUUUCUAGUGAUAUUUCUCAAUUAUCGAAAUUUAAAAAAUUUGUCUCAAUUGGGAUCAUUAAAGAAUCUUUUGAGAAGAUUAUAAAAGACUUUGAUAAUUAUUCGAAUUUUUUAAAUUUAAAGUUGGCUAUUACGAAUGAACAAUUGAGUUCAAUUUUAAAUUCUGAUCUUAUUGAAAUGAUGAAAUUUCUAGACAAAAUUGAAGGUGGUAUUACAUAUAUGAUGAAUCAUCCCACCGAUUUACAUGUUCAAAAUAAUAAAAAAAUCGCUGUUAAAGUUAAUAAUAUAGGAGGAGAAUACAAGGCGUGCAAGGACAAACAUGAAUUUACUCCGAUCAACGGGGAAAUUGAUACGAUUCGCUAUCUGAAUGAAACCAAUCAAUGUUCAAAAUCUGAAGUUGAUAUUAAUGGACAAACUGAACUUAAUGGACAAAUUGAACCUUCGGAAUUGAAAGAUACUGCAGAGCCAGAUUCGCGUAAAGGUAUAAAUGUAAGGGUUUUGAAAAAAAUUUAUAAAGAAAAAUACGUUGCUUGUAAAUACUUUUCUACGGACAAGAUUAACCAAAGGCAUCUUGCUAUUUUGAGAAAAUUGAAAGCUUGUCCAUACAUUAUUCAAUUUUUUGGACUAUCAAGAUUAGAUACAAGCGAUGUAAUGGUUUUUGAAUGGGCCGAAUACGGAACUUUAUGCGAAUUAUAUCAGAAUUAUAUUAUUGGAUGGGAUGCAAAGAUUUCUUUCGCAAGAGAUAUCUGUCGUGGGUUGAUUUUUUUGCAUACAGUGGAGAUAUUGCACCAUGAUAUUAGGUGUGAGAACGUGCUAAUUACCGAAAAAAUGCAACCCAAACUAUGCAAUUUCAAAUUCUCUCGUGAAUUUAAUGCUGCCACCAGUCAAAUUGAAGAUAUGAAUGCUAUAGUUCAUUGGUUGGCUCCUGAAAAAUUAGAAAAUAUAUCUGGUACGAAAGAUAAAGCUUGUAGUUAUACCAUCCAAUGCGACAUUUUUAGUUUUGUAAUGCUUCUUUGGGAACUUGGCUUUCAGAAAAAACCAUAUGAAAAUAUGAACAUAACAGAGAUACAAAAGCAUGUUCAAAAAGGUGAUCGAGAAACGUUUGACUCUAUAUCGCGUCCGAUUCAAACAGAGUAUUGUGAAAUUAUUAAACUUGGUUGGGUACAAGAACCAUCAUUACGUCCAGGAAUUCAACAAAUUUUCAAUAUGCUACAAGAAUUAUAUGAAAAACAUAUUUUAAAGAAUUCUGAUGAGGAUAAACCAAAUUUCUCAAUUCCAGUUCAUAAUUCUAUUAUACCAAUAACUCCAUUCAAGGAAGGUUUGGUGGCUCAUAAAAAAAAAAAUUAUGAAAUGGCUUGGAAAUGUUUUGAAGAGCAUGCAAAUGUUGGAGAUAUGUUGGGGAAAUACUGGCAAGGUUAUUAUUAUUUAGAAGGAAGGUACGUUGAAAAAAAUCUCGAAAAGGCCAAAGAAUUAUUUAAAGAAUCUGCUGAUGGUGGAAAUGCAGAUGCUCAAUUACGUUACGCUUUUUGUUUGAUUGAUAAGGAAAAUGAAUAUAUUGAUACUUUGACCUUUUUAAAAUAUUUGGAAAUGUCAGCCAAUAAUGAAAAUUCUACUGCUCUUUAUAACCUUGGUGAAAUAUAUUUAAAUGGUAGGUUGAAUAUUGAAAAGGAUCAUGACAAGGGUAUUCAAUAUUUAAAAUUGGCUGCUUUAAAAGGUCAACUAAAAGCAAAAGAAGUUUUGAAAAAUUAUAAUAUUAGUUUGGUUUGA